AUCAUUAUCUCUUUUAUUCAUUAAACAUGAAAUUCGAUCAACUGAACAUUAAAAAAUGCAUCACAAAUACCAUUUACUGGUGCUAGUGGUUGAUAUGGGCUGCUGCCAGCGUCCUAGGUAUCAACCAAGUAUCUUCUUAUUUAUUUAUUUUAUUCAUUAAACAUGAAACUCAGUCAACUGAAUAUUUAAACUUAUUAUUAUUGUUGCUGUGUAAUCUUUGACUUGCCAAUAUUAUUCCUUUCCUCUCUCAAGAUGUGCCUGUUCUUGUGUUUAUUCCUCUGAACCAUUUCAGAUGCUUUCACCUUUUAUGCCUUGUGACAGGAUCUGCAUCACAGAAUGCUUCUCUUUCUACAGCUCUUUUCCAAAAGCUUUGGGACAGAAGACCCUCUUCCCCUUCCCCUAAGUCAUAUUAACUAAGAUCAUCUAUCUACAUUUGAAAUAACUUCAUCUUGUUUUCUUGUGUUUCCUUGUUCUGUUUAUUUUCCUAGUUAUUUUCCUUCCUAUUUUUAGAUUGUAAGAGCCUUGGGACAGGGAACUGACCUCAUUUUUUAUGGAUAACCUCUGCAUGGAUUGUUGAUUUAAAAAAAAAAGAAUAAAAGAAUAAAUAGGAAACAGAAUAAGGCAAUAGAAGAAACUGAAACCCUGCAAAUAGGAAGCCAGCAGUAUUUUCUCUGAUGCCCUAAAUCUUUAUUUACAUUUUUAAAGAAUGAGAUCUGUCUACAGUAUUACCAUUUGUUUUCUCUUUCAUUUACAGCUCGUUCUUCUCCAGGUUUAGUAUUUUUGUGCUGCUAAGAAGGUAACCAGAUAAAUUUCACAUAGUUUUAUUUAAAUAUUUUUGGUAUGUAGUCAGAGCACCUAAGGGAUAAAUAUUUGAUAAAUAGUUUUGAUGAAUGGCUACUACAUUGAGAAUAAUUAAAAGGCUGUAUAAAUUUUUCAGUGUUUAUGGUUAUCUCCCAGCAAAAUAUUUUCUAACUAACACUGCCUUUAUGGUAAGGAUGGCAGCUGAAAAUUUUCACCUCAGAGAUAAUUAGGAAUAAAUCUUACCAAAUACAAUCAAAUGGCAUUUUAAAAAAAGGCAUGAAGAGAAUGUUGACGUCAAAGCAUUACAUCAAAGCUAUAAUGCAAACUUCAAACAAAACAGUAACCAAGGAAAUUUGGUCGCAUAAAUUGAAAAUAAUGUUACUUUAAAAGUCUUAUUUUUGGGAAACUAUCAGUCUCCCAUUUUUUCUGACAGGAGUAUGCCCACACUGCCUUCUUACAGAUUUCACUAACCCCUGCCGAAGUCUGGCCCCAGAGCGCUUUGAAAGAGUCUGCAGCAGAGACACAGCUGCUCCAUUGGCAGCUCAUCGGGCCACAAAAUGGCUGCACAGCAACACCCAAACAACAUGGCUGCUCUUUCAAAAGAGGUAGAGGACAUGAGAUGUCCGUUGCAGGUCCAGGUGAAAAUGGAAACUCCCUGCCAGGCAAGUGACAGUGCAAAAGAGGGAGAAGGAAAUUGCCCUGCCACCAUUCCAUCUGCAACCAGUGAAGAGUUCACAAGAGCGGUGUCCAGGGUGAAGCAGGAGCUGGCCGAAGAGCUACCGCAGAGCUGGGAGUGCCAGUGGCAAAGGGUGCUAGAGGUGGUGCCUGCUCCCUUCAUCACUCCAGUCUGGGACAGCCAGCAGUUGCCUCCUUUGACUCAAGGGGGCAGCACCGAGGCCUACCUGGCCACCUUUGAGCGUGUGGCGGACGCUUCACAAUGGCCACGGGAAGAGUGGGUGACUCGCCUUGUGCCAGUCCUUAGUGGACAAGCUCAGCAGGCCUAUUUCACCCUGGAUGCAAAAGACAAAGCUGAUUAUGGGAAGGUGAAGGUGGCCAUUCUGAGGCUGGAUGACUACCUCGCCCUUGAGGCGCAUCGCCAGCGUUUCAGGCAUUUCUGCUACCGGGCUGCCGAUGGGCCCCGGAUGGCAUGUCAGCAACUGCAGGAGCUCUGCCACUGCUGGCUGAGGCCUGAAGGCCAGAGCAAGGAGCAAAUCCUGGAUCUGCUCAUCUUGGAGCAGUUCCUUGUCAUCCUUCCACAGGAAAUGCAGGACUGGAUUAGGGAGCGCGGUCCGGAGACGUGUGAUCAAGCGGUGGCCUUGGCAGAGGAGUACCUGCAGGAGCAGCAGGAGACAGAGAAGUGGGCCCAACAGGUAACUGUACCAAUUGAGAUGGUGAUAGUUAAUUCUCCCACUGUAGAUCAGUCCCAGUCAGAAGCAAAACAUCUCCACAAAGAACAGGUUGACAAUGAAAAUAGUAUUUCUCAAGAAGGCAGUUUUGCCAGAAUGGGGGCAAAGGAUUUACACCAAGGAGAGUUGGAGGCAGAGGAACGAGGAUGGAUGUCUCCAGAAUUCGGGGAGGUCCUUUUCCCAAAAAGCAGUGAUCUUCCCAGAAGAUCACAUGUGAGCAAGUGUGAUUCAGAAAGGCCACAGAAAGGCAGCCUUUCCACAAGAAUGAUUAAGGACGAAGUGUUUGGGGGAGUCCCGACCGACCUAGAAACGAAACGACAUCUGUGUAAGGAAUGUGGGAAAAGGUUUCGGAAGAAGUGGGAUCUCAUCAGGCAUGAAAGGAUCCACACGGGUGAGAAACCGUAUCAAUGUCCAGAAUGUGGGAAUAGCUUCAACCGGAACACAACCCUCACAAAACAUCUCCUCAUUCAUUCAGGAGAGAAGCCUCACCAGUGCACGUACUGCGGAAAGAGGUUCACACGGCGUUCACAUGUUGUGAAUCACCAGAGACGCCACUCAUGCCAAGGAAGAUCUUGACAAAAGGAUCUACUGCUUCCAGUUUGGGCAACAGAUUGAGAAGCCCUGUAUGACCGGGGAAUAAAGGUAGCUCAGUUUGUGUCCUGCAGGGUUUGGAAUCUAGACCAAGGGUAGGAGUGGUGUGGAUUGUUGACUAUUUUUUGUUUGUCCACAUCUUGAAUAUGAUCAAAAUGAGUCUGAGGACACACAGCUCUCAGGGGCAUCCGUUCUGUUGAAUGUACAAAGGAAAAUCUGUACAUAUUUAUGCCAUUCAGUAACGAUAGGAGAACUGAGACUCAAUCCAAAUCAAAAGACUAUUCAUCCACAUUUUACUUGAUCUAGAAUGGGAGUGGAUGCUCCUGGGAAAAUUGCUAAUUUUGAUCAGUAUUUUUGUAUCAGCUAAAGCCUUGUAAAAUCAGAAAAAUCCUUUCUCUGCUUCGCUGUACUUAUGCCCAAAACAAAUGAUGCUCAUUAAGGAAGUAAGAUUUAAAGGCAAAACAUCUUCCAGUAAUGAAGCAGGCUAGCAAAAUGAUAUUUGCCAGCCGUUUGGGAAAGCAGUCCACAGAUUUAACUUCUAAAGUGAUGGAGCUAGGUGGAAAAGCGAUAUUAACCAUUAACUCAGGAUAAAAGAAAUUCCAAGUUUUAAGUAAGAGGCAAGACUGAUUGAUUGACCUAGAAGCACUGACCUGGUAUGCUCUUAAAUGCAAAUUUAGAUCCAAAAUAUAUUCCCAUCAUGGAGACUUCAGUCCUAUUGCACGUCAAGCUGCCCAGAUGAUAUAGGUUUUGCAGUGCAAUUUGGGGAAGGCAGGCCAGAUGGGAAAACAGAAAGCAAAGUGGCCUCAUUGUAUAUUGUGCUUGCUGGGAUGGAUUUUUAUAUUGCGCUGUGGCAAAUCUUUAGGAAUGAUCACACUUUUACUGCAAGGUUAGAAAACUGUGGCCUUCCAGUGGCUGCUAAAUACCAGCUCCCAGCAUUCCUCACAACUGGCCACGCUGGAAUAAUGUGAAGUGAAACUGACUUGGCUAUUUAAUGAUUCAUUUUUUAUUCUGUACAGUAGAAAACCAGUGCAACAUUUGUUUACAUAAUAAGUUAUUUCCCCCUUUUUAACAAACAGUCUGAAAACUGCUUAGACACUUUUGAUUACAGAAUUCAUAAAUUAAUUUUCACAAAAACAGACAUUCGUUUUAAUAUAUUGUUAAAUCAUUUUGGCUUUUCAAGCUUAAGAUCCUAUUCUAACAGCAGUACAUAUAUUUCAUGUGAGGGGGGGGAGACCUUUCUUUAAAGCUGGGUCCUUUUUGAAAACAGUACACCACAGAUAAAAUCUGGAGUAACUUCAAAUCCUGUGGCUUGAUCAUGUGGUCAUUAUGUGGGGAAUAUUUAUUUUCUAGGAAUGAUCUUUUAUAUACUCUUCAGUUUCUAUGGCUGUCUUUUUAGCAUAUAAGAUAACUGCUAUCUUUAUAAUACAGACUUUCAAGCUUGUUUAUUUUGUACACUAUCAUAAUCAACAAAGACUCAUGUCAGUUAACUUCAUUAAAAACAUAAUUCUACCUUGA